GUGCGAGUGGUCUCUGAAGAGGCUGGUCCUCUCUACUUCUCUAGAGAAGGUGCCGACGGACUUCUCUGUGCUGCUCGAGGAGCAGCACAUUCUCUGGGGCUGGGAGCUCCUCUGCUGGACCUGGCCUCUGAAUUGCAAGCAGUUCUCUUUCAUCGAGCCGACUCUCCUCUACCAGCUCGAGGUGGUGAGUGCAGCCUCUGACUGGCCGCACAAAGCUCUGGAGCAGCUCUUGGAUGGAAAGUGCCGCCUGCUCUGCCCCAUCUGGUCUGUGAGCCCCAACCACUGGACGCUCUUGGAAGGGGAGAGGGCCAGGAGUGUGGCUGCUUUGCUGGGGGUGCUCGACCCUGCUCUCGUGCCUGUGAACGCCUCUCGUCAAGCCGACAACGAGUGCGGGUUCUUCGUCCUCUCUUGGAUGGAGUUGAUCGUGGCGGGCCUCUCCGAAGGACCUGCCUCUCGACUGUGGCCGGCUGAGCUCGCUAAGGUCUGGCACAAGCAGCGACUGCUGCCUCUCGAGAAGGCUCUCCAGAAGGAGAGGACAAAGCUCUCGGAGGACAAGAAGAAGCAGGAGGCCAAGGCUCUCAAGUUGCAGGAGCAGCUCUCGGCCUCUCAGGCAAAGGCAGCCAAGGCUCUCGAGUCCUCUGAGAAGCUGAAGGCCUCUGCAAAGGCUGCAGCCAAGAAGUCUCUGGAGGAGAACUCUAUGCACUUCAGGUACACCGACCUCUCCCAGGAGGCAGUGAAGCAGAUCCGGCAUCUCUAUCUCUUCGGCCUGAAAAGAUGCUCUCGAUGCAGAUGGCAGACAGGUUGCCUCUCUUGCGACCACGAGUACCUCUUUCCCUACCUCAUGAAGAAGGAGGCUCUCAAAAAAGCCAAG